GCGCGUCCGACGAGGAGAAACACCCAUUUUAAAAGCCGAAUUGACUUUAAUACUUGCGAACUCCCCUCCCAUGCGGUUCAGAUUAUCCGGCUAUGUUUGCCUCUUCCGGUUGCGUAGCCUUACAGUUAAACUGCGAACGCCAGCGAGUCAGUAUUGUGUCUUCAGACCGACACAUCACACCGGUAUCGCUUUGUUCUUCGCCUGGAAACUCAAGAUGCAGUCGGGUGGAAAUGGCAGCGGAUUCCUGGAGGGCCCGGGCAGAGCACAGAAGUCGGGGCUCUCUAGCAACAUUCCAACUAUCACAACAGAAGAUGCAGGUCCUCCGUCAGAGAAGAAACGAGUGGGAGGCAUGCUUGUCGUCAACGAGAGAAACCUGAGGACCCCGAGUCCCUUAUCUGGGGCCAACUGUGAUGAUGACUCGGAGGCAGAGGCUUUCCGGGAUGGGAGAACCGAGGAGGUGGACCGGGACACCAGGAGCAGGGCGUUCGCCUGGUGCAGAGACUUUCUGUCUGGGUCGUGGAAGACCAUCAAAGAACGGGAUUUUCAAAUAAGCAUUGUUAGUGGGGGGCUGAGUAACCUGCUCUACCUGUGUAGUUUGCCUGACCAUGUGCCUGCUGUGGGAGAGGAACCUCGCGUGGUGCUCCUCAGAGUGUAUGGUGCCAUCUUACAGGGAGUGGACUCCCUGGUGCUGGAAAGUGUGAUGUUUGCCAUCCUGGCAGAAAGAACUUUAGGACCAAAACUCUAUGGCAUCUUUCCCCAGGGACGUUUAGAACAGUACUUUCCGAAUACCCGUAUGCGCACAGAUCAACUUUCCGAUCCUGCCAUAUCAGCUGAGAUUGCCACCAAGGUGGCAUGUUUCCAUGAGAUGAGCAUGCCCUUUAACAAAGAGCCCAGGUGGCUCUUUGGGACCCUUGACAAAUACAUGGAUCAAGUUAUGAAGCUUAAUUUUGUACGUGAAGCACAUGUAAAGAAGUACAAGAAGCUUUUGAAAUCAGACCUGCCUGCUGAGCUGGAGAGUCUGCGUGCGUUGCUAGCAGAGACUCCAUCACCAGUGGUGUUCUGCCACAAUGACGUCCAGGAAGGUAACAUUCUGAUGCUGGAAGACAAGGACCACAACAUAACAGACAGACUCAUGCUGAUUGACUUUGAGUACAGCAGUUACAAUUACAGGGGGUUUGACUUUGGGAACCAUUUCUGUGAGUGGAUGUAUGACUACACCUAUAACCAGUGGCCCUUCUUCAAAGCCAUACAGGCUAACUAUCCCACCAGAGAGCAGCAGCUUCAUUUCAUCAGAGCCUAUUUGGCACAGCAUAGAAGACACUCUGACAUAUCCAAGGACGAUACACGGGUGGAGGAGGACAUGAUAGUUGAAGCUAACAGGUAUGCAUUAGCUUCACAUUUCCUCUGGGGGCUUUGGUCCAUCAUUCAAGCAAAGAUUUCCAAGAUCGAGUUUGGAUACAUGGACUAUGCCCAGUGCCGCUUUGAUUGCUACUUCAAGUUAAAGAAAGCCUUCUCCUGAUUCCCUGUGUUUUAAUAUAAAAUGUACUAGUACUAUGCAGCUCUGCUUACUACAAGCAAUUUUGGGUGAAAGAUACACAUGUUCAUUUGAACAUAAUUCAGAAAUCCAUCCUAAUAAAGCACUAACACCUUUCUCUGCAAUGUGAAAUUCUUUUGUUGUUGUUUAGCAUUUGAGGGGCUCAAUAUGAUGGCCUGCUACUGUAGUAAAUAAUUCUGGUCAUGUCUGUAAAUUUGAGUAAUUUAGAGUUUUUAGUUUUAUUCUACCUCGCUCAUUCUUUCUGAGGUCCAUUCUACAUUAGGGUUAUUCUUUGGAGGUCCAAUAAUGUUAAGUUGAUAGCUUAAUUACUCACAUUCAACAAAAUGAUAGACAAGUGUAAGGUUAUGUCAGUAAUAUUGGAUCCAUUAACUAUAUACUGCAAACUGUCUUGUUACCUCUCUCUUCUAUUUAUCAUUGUAUGAAUGUAAUAUUAUAAGACCUAUCCUAUUUUGUGUUUUCAUUUUUGUGUUUUUUUUUUUCUGCCAAGAAAAUCCUAACAUUUGUCAUCUCAUCUGUAGUUUUAUAUAACUAAAAUGUACUCUGGCACUUCUAGUCAACUAAGUUAAGCUACAUUGCUUAGCUACAAUGAACUAAAUGUUAUUGUUUGAAUACCAUUAUGAUUGUAUUUAUUUAGAAGGCCUCCUGUAUUUGACAAGGUACUUUCUUCACCAAAUGUCAUGAAUGUACUACAUUUUCACAAGGCCUCAUCAGUUUAGCAGCUUAACUGUGCCUCAUUAACUAUGUAGAUGUUUUUAAAGCAACACUUCCUGUACAAGUUAAUACUGUGUUAUAUGUAUUAUGUUGGUCCUGCUAGUAAAAACUACUACUGUAGUUCAAAUCUAAUAAACACAUGUUAAGAACCUG